CCGCAUGGGAGCGGCUCUGGAGGAGCUGCACGGCUGCGGGGGGUGCAAGCAUUCAAACCUUGGGGGCUUUAGUGGGGCUCUUUUCACCUACGUGUCCCCAUCGGGCGCUGGAUGCGUUGCUGUGGGUGCUUCCUGGAGGGGGGAGGAGGUUUCCAAAAGCAGUUUUUCUUUUUUUUUUUUUUGUGGUGGGGAGACAAAUGAAGCCUCUCGUGCAGCAGGGGAAAGUUCUGGCAGCUGGGAGCCUACUACAAAAGGGGCAGAGGUUCCUCCGGGGCUCAGCAGCCCGAAAACGCUGCUCAAGGAUCAAACCGUGACAUCCAAACCCAUCACUUCAUGUACAGCAUCAGAACGUGGGCGGAGGAGGGAGCAGUUCUGAGAGCUGGGGUGUGGUAACAGAAAUAAAGGGGGAAAAACUACAUGCAGGAGUUGGGAGCAUCUCCUGGGAUGCUGCAAGGCCUCAUUGCUCUGUCCAACACGUGCGGGCAUCGGCUGCAGGGACAGCAGCGAGCUGCUGGGUGGAACAGCUCCGCCCCAGAAAUUAACUCUGAGCACAGCUUUCCCAUCAACUUCAUUUUCGGGGCUCAUCUUUUUGGGAAGGGGGGGUGGGGGGUCCUGGCCCUGCACCCAGAGCCCCCGCAGCCUCUUAGAGCAGAAUGCUGCUCAGUGCCGGGUGUGCCAGCAGCAGCGGGGUCAUGGGGGUCCUUCAGAAGGAAGGAAAUUCGCUGCGUGCCAUCGCCUGGUGAUCGCACCCAGCACGGAUGCGGGGGCUCCAUGAUGGGGCUGGUGGGCGUCACUUACUGUGAUUGCUUCCCUGAUCUCUGUGUAAUACAGCGAGCAAUUUAGCAGCAAACAACAUGUUUUGCUCCCUGCAAACUCCAGGUCUGGGUCAGGUUUCACCUGCAGUGAGAAUCCAGUCUCCCCGUGCCUCACUUCCCCCCUUCAUCGGCAUCAGCUCACGCAUAGCCCACAUCUCCACAGUGACCUCCACCUCCAGCCCCGCUCAGCGGGAGCUCCUUGGCCAGAAACCAGCACCCAGACCAGCCCCCAAAAACAUCACUCCUGCCAUCACCUGCUUAUCCAAUUUCCUGCCCUGAAAGCCCAUACAACAGCCCCAUAACCUCCCCCACGAACCAAAAAACACACCACCACCCCCAGAGCAUGCUCAGGGUGGGGGUCUAAAUAGGGCCGGGGUGAGGGGCAGCUGCCCCGCUCCCUCCUUGGUUUACAGCUGCAUCCCAUUGCACUUUUCCUCUCUGGUUCAGUCAGAGUGAGCUGCAGCAGCUCCUGGGAUCUGCUUUGCCCUCGCAGCUAUCGGAGAGAUUUUUGCUCGCCGACAGAACCCAGCAGAGCCCAAUCUCCUCCAUGCAGCCCCUGGCCAGAACCAGAGCUCUGCCUGGAAAAUGCAUUGGGGUGGGGCGGGGGCCUUUGGCUCUGCCCUGUGCAGGAUUUUGCCAUUUAUGGAGACCCCCAGCCACGGUUUAGGGUCCUGCAGUUCCCAGGGUUUUGCAGCGAGGUUUUGAAUUUUGGCCUCAUCCCACUGAGGUCACCCUGCUCGGGGGUGAGGAUGCCCGGCUUUGUGCCCCAUUUUGCCAGGGGCUGCAUUUUGGGGGACACAAGGUGUUCAAGCCAGUGGGGUGGUGAGAGCGAGCUGGAGGUGGGCACAGUCCCAAAAUGGGACGGCUCCAGGGCUUCCCCAUGGGGAUGUGGGUGACAAGGGACUGCAGCGAUGGGGAUGGUGUUGGACCCGAUGCUGGCGUGUGCCCAGGUGGCCCUGCAGAACAGCGUGCAGUGAGAUGCUCCAGGAAGCCCUGGGAGGAGUGGGGCUGAUCCCCGAUCCCAAGAGAAGGAAAAGGGUUAAAGCGCUGCCUGAGAGCAGCAUCAGUGCACAGACAGGCUCACGUGUCGCACCCUCUGCCUCCCCACCUCCAGCUGCACUCCCCUUCCCUCGGCUCCUCAGGACCAGUCUGGGGCUUGGGGUGGUGGGGGAAUGCGUGACAGCUGAAAAAUGAGCUGCUGGGCAGCGAGAGACGACCCGAAAGGAGGAAUCUGCCUCGAGCAAAGAGGAUUUUAGCACCUAGGGCUGAGCCAACAGACCUCUGCCAUCCCCAUCCCACCGGGAACUGUUUGCACACUCUCCAGGAGCAGCUUAAAGCCAGCGGGACGCCAGCACGGGACGGGAGCAGGGGAGGCUGCGGGGCGAAUCCGCAGCGUGGCAGCCCUGUGCGAGCGUCCAUCCCCAUAGCACUGCCCCACUGACACCUCGCCUCCAUGGGGACCGGGGCUGGGAGGGGGCUCCCCGAGGAUGCUGCGCCUCGCCCCGCGCCCCAGCUCACCCCAUAGCCCGCAGCACUGCGCCGCUGGGGACACGGCUCCCAUCCCUCGCUGGCUCCGUCCCAUGGUGGGGCCAUGGGGGCUGUGGGUGGGGGAGGCAUCGUGGCUGCUCUGCUCUGCUGCUGCCUGCUGGGCUCUGCCCGGGCUCUGGUGGACCCUGACGACGUCCUCACUAAGGAAGAGCAGAUUUACCUCCUGGUGGAAGCUGGGGAGAAAUGUCAGAGAGACAUCAGAGCUCAGCUGGAGAAGGUCAAAGACACCAGCUGCCUCCCAGAAUGGGACGGGAUCAUUUGCUGGCCCAAGGGCUCUCCCAGUGAGGAGGUGGCCGUGCCCUGCCCCGACUACAUCUAUGACUUCAACCACAAAGGCCGUGCCUAUAGGUACUGCAGUGCCUAUGGGACCUGGGAGGUGGCUCUGAGCCUCAACAAGACCUGGGCCAAUUACACCGAAUGCGCUGUGCUCUUCUCCUCCGAGAGCCGGAGCCGUGAGAAGGAGGUGUUUGACCGCCUGCACUUGAUGUACACGAUCGGCUACUCUGUCUCCUUGGCCUCCCUCAUCGUCGCUGUCUGCAUCCUCUCCUAUUUCAAGCGCCUGCACUGCACUCGCAACUACAUCCACAUGCACCUCUUCACCUCCUUCAUCUGCCGGGCAGCGAGCAUCUUCCUGAAGGACGCGGUGCUGUACUCGGGCGCGCUGGGCGGCGAGGCAAAGCUGCGGGAGGAAGAUCUCAGAGCAGAGCUGGGCCCCUCGCCGGGCCAACGCAGCCACCUGGUUGGCUGCAAGCUGGUGGUGACGCUCUUCCUCUACUUCCUGGCCACCAACCACUACUGGAUCCUGGUGGAAGGCCUCUACCUGCACAGCCUCAUCUUCAUGGCCUUCCUCUCCAACAAGAACUACCUGUGGGUCCUCAUCAUCAUCGGCUGGGGUCUUCCUGCUGUGUUUGUGUCCAUCUGGGCCAGCGUCAGGGCCUCCCUGGCAGACACGCAGUGCUGGGACCUCAGUGCAGGGAACAUGAAGUGGAUUUACCAGGUCCCCAUCUUGGCUGCUGUUGUGGUGAACUUCGUCCUCUUCCUCAACAUCGUGCGGGUGCUGGCCUCCAAACUCUGGGAGAGGAACACGGGGAAGCUGGACCCCCGGCAGCAGUACAGGCAACUGCUGAAGUCCACGCUGGUGCUGAUGCCGCUUUUCGGAGUCCACUACGUGGUAUUCAUGGCCAUGCCCUACACCGAAGUCUCCGGGGUCCUGUGGCAGAUCCAGAUGCAUUACGAGAUGCUCUUUAACUCCUCUCAGGGUUUCUUUGUGGCAUUUAUCUACUGCUUUUGCAACGGGGAGGUGCAGGCAGAGAUUAAAAAAGCCCAUUUUCGGAGAAGCCUGGCGCUGGACUUCAAGCAGAAGGCGCGUGCCAGCAGCGCAGCGGGGAGCUGCUGUUACGGGGGGCUGGUGUCCCACGGAACCACGAGCUUCAGCGUGAGCCUCACGGGGCGAGGGCCAGGGGGCACACAGCCCCGGGGGCUGCUCCUCCCUGCCCGUGGCAGCCUGCCAGGCCACGGCCCCAGCUCCUGUGCCACGGAACUUUUGCCCCGUCUGACGCGGGAGAUGAGCCAGAAAACCUGCGGGGAAAACACCGUGGGCUUGAGAGACCCGGAUCAGAGUCACCCCAAUCUGAACAAAGAGCUGGAGACGAUGCUGUGACGUUAACACUGCAUCUCCCAGCUGGACUGGUCUCUGUGUUUUGGGCAACUUUUGUGCUUGCAUGGAGAGCUGGGCCGGGGGACAGCAGCUGAAUCGACUCACUGCCCUCUUCCUCACAGGCAGCGUGCCAAGGGACCACGCGCUCUUGCUCCUUUUCGUACCCACCUGGCCUAAAAAUGAGCAGCAGUUCAAAACCUCAUUUCCUUCCACGUGCAGGUGAUUGGUGUAAGUGAUGUCUGCAUGCAAAGCCUUGAAUCAUCACAGGAAACAGUCCUCCAGGCUCAAUGCCCUAUUGUGAUGGUCUGGAAAGUAACUUCAGCUCCAGUGCAUACAAAGCCGAGCCCAGGAGACUGUCGUCUUUAAGUCUGUCUCCCCUGUUCAGCGCCCAUUCCUGUUGUACAGCCCGGGCUGGCAGCGUGAGAGGGGCAGAGCAGCUCACCCUGCCCUCACCUCCAUCCUUGUACAGCCCAUGGAUGCGCGCAGCAAUUGGUUACAGGAGGACAGCAGAGGGUGUGAAGGGCUGGAAGCCCAGCCAGCAUCACAGCCCCCAGCUCUGCCCUCCCUGCUCGAUCCUGGGGCACGAGGCAGCCCCAGCUCCCUGCUGCCCACCCUGCGAGACAGUGCUCGCUGCUGGGAAACCACAGCACCCCGCUGGGAAAAGACAUUCCUGAGAAUACUGCGCUGCCCUGCCCAGACAGAUGGGUGGGGAGAGAGAACGACAACGCUGCUGGGGUGGGGAUAUACUUGUUCUAAUGAGACAAUAAUUUCAUAAUAAAGAUAGCGACAGAGGACACGUGAAGAAUUGUGCGCAUUCACAGACCUUUCCAGUGAAAAGCUGAGACGUAAACCGAGUCACAAGGAUUAGAAAUCACUGGGGGGGACCACUAGCCAGGGGACAGCGGGGCAGAGAGGGGCACCAGGUCUGGAAGAGGGCACAUCUUCAUCACCUCCCACUCUUUUUUUUGCUCCACUGUGCAGCACAACAGACAGGGGGUGACUGACACGUAAGCGGAGAGGCAGGAACAGGAUUAUACUUCACAAACCUGAGCUUCUUGUAGUUAUCUGCUCAGCUGAUUUGUGUUCCUGUCUCUUUGGAAGAAAGCAGAACCUGCCACUGCAAGGAGAGAGACUCUUUUUCAGGGUAGUUGGCAUGCAGCUCACACUGCUACCUUGUUCUGUGGAAAAAGGAAUCAGCCCUGUUAUCCAUCUAACACGGACCUGUGAACUGACAUUUAUAGCUCUCUGUCACUGAUCAAUAUUUACUCGUUCAAGUCUCCAGGGGCUCCCGGUAGCUGAGAGAGGGGUGAGGAAUUUCAGUAAUCCUAUCAAAACAGCAGAGGGAUGCAUUUAAAAGAAGGGGAGAAAGCACAUGCUACAGACAGGCCAGUUCCCGGAGGCAGCAACCUGAAACCCAAGGAGGGAGGCAGCAGAUGGCAGCUGCACAUUAUAGAGCCAUUUCUUGGUUUUAGAACUCAAACCUUCAAUUGUGAUGAACUCUAAGUGUGAUAAGGAAAGGGGAAUCCAGCAGAGGCUCCCGAACAGCUGCCACAUCUGCCCUGCCACAGGAGAGCAUCCUCGUCUUAAUACUGAAUACUAAAUAAACUCUUCAGUCUUGCAGAGCUCAAACUGGUGCAAAAAGUGAUGGGAUAAUUCAAGUGGAAGCUGUUCUGAAAACUGCAUCAGAGCUGCUUAGUGGGGGGGCCCAAAGAGUCAAACCACAGUCUUAACUGAAUCUAGGAUAUUUGCAAGGCAAGUCAGACCACGGAGUGUUGCUGAGGUCUCUUUCCAGCCCUAUAAUGACUCUGGAAGGUUGGGGUAAGCAACGUGUCCUGGACUUGCCUACUUGUAAAACAGGGGAUAACCUAAUCCCCAGCAGGCUUUGGAGACUAAGCAUGGUUUUCCAAACUGUUUUGGAAUUAUUUUCUCAACUACAACCCAAAACUUCUGGUGCAAGAAAGGGAUGCAGUCAGAUCCAUCUCUAUCCCAGUGCCAGAAGAGCCAAAGGAAAAAGUGGAGAAUGAAAAGCACGUGCUAGGGGUUUUGUCCCAGUAAUAAAACAUUUACUAGAGCAAGCAGAAAGUAAAUGCACAGCUGAUAAAGAAAACACCACAACGUCACAAAAAAACUGACAGUUUCUGAUACUUCUCGCGGUAGAAACAAGACAGAGGUGAGUGCUGACGUGUUUCAACACAAGAGCUCCUCCUUACCUUCAUGGCGCAAGGAAAAAAAAAAAAAGAAGUUAAAAAAGGGGUAA